AUGUUUAGAUUUGCCCAACAAUCUCAACCAUUGAAGGGCAAACUGCCAAAUCAGUUUAUUCCAAACACCGGGAAGCAUUCAUAUAACCCAAAUAUCGCUAGAUAUAACUCACCUAUGUCUAUGGACGCUCAACAAAAUGCCAUACCUUCUCAACAACAGCAACAACAACCCCAAGCAUACGCUAUGAACAUGAACCAUAAUGAUUCAGAAGGUAUGCAAUUCCAAAUGAAUCAAAUGACUCAUAUGAAUAUGGGUAGAAUGCAAAUGAACAGCAAUAGUCAACCAUUUCAACCACAACAACAACAACAUCAACAUCAACAACAUGAGGUUAUGAACUAUAAUAAUGGGAAUAAUCGUAAUGGUAAUUCUCAAGCUCAAAACAGGAACAAUUACGGUGGUCCACAAAAGAAUGGCGGUAGAAACAACCGUCCUUACAACAAUGGCAGUAAUAACAACAGUAACAGUAGUCUCCAAAGCAAUUCAUCGUAUAAUUCAAUGAACUCUGGUAAACAAAGACAGUACAAUAAGGGCAACAACAAUAACAAAGGUAACAAUAAGAAUAAUACCAUUAGCCCAGAUUCACCAUGGUAUCAGAAAGUGACUGCUUUUGAAGAAUGUGUUUCUCAAACGUUGUACAUGUCUCAAACACCAAGACGUAAGAAUAUCAAACAUCGUUCAGAACACCCAAACUCUAAUGCCAACCCAAUGUUCUGGGAUUCUAUUGGAAGAGCCAUGGGUUUGUACCAUGAUUUAAUCGAUACACCUGAGUUGAACUCAGACAGAGUCUCCAAGUUAGUCCAUUUGUUACACAAUGGACUAAGAGCCAAUAGAAAUCAAUUAACCAGAAUGAACAAGAAACCGGAUUAUGAUUCCCAAUCAUUCCACAAAGAAAUGACCAACUAUUUAUGCAAAUCUCUGAGAGAAAUCUCUGAAGAUGUUCUUAACAGUAAAGUUGAAUUAAACGAAUAUGGUGCCAUGCAUUUAAUCACUGCCUUCAAGGAACUAUUAUUGUUUGAAGAGGCUGUCGAGAUUUGGAAAAGUGCCAUCAAUGGCAUUAAUAGUUACACCUCCAACAUCUUCUUAAACCCAAGAGUCGUUGGUGUCAUUUUGCCAAUCCUGUAUGAUAACGGUGUUUCAUACCCUGAAAUUCAACAACUUUAUGAAAAGUCUUCAUCAAUGAUUAAUUAUUUCCAUCCGAAUUUAUCUGUUGGUAUGAUUAGAGCAUCCUUAUCUGCCAACGAAAACGAAAUGGCUUUGAAAUUAUUCCAAAAAUUAUGCCAAGAAUCUACAGAAAUGAAGUAUGGUUACUUAAUUGAAACCCAUUUAUCAUUCAUUGGUGAAUGUAAGGAUUUGAAUGUGGCUCAAACUUUCUUUGACAAGGCUUUAAAUGAUGAAAUGCCAUAUAAGAUUGAUUUACAAGUCUCAUACGUUAAGUCGUUCCUAAGAAAUAUCUGGACGCAGACUCAUGAUUUCAACCACAUUUAUCAAAUUUGGUACAAAUCUUCUCUACAUUACGGGAGACAUGUUAACCAUGGUAUUUCUUCCUCUUUGAAUGAUACCUUCUUCGACAUUUUCUUUGAAAAUUUUGCUCAUAAAAAACAAGAGGGAUUUAUGACUUUACAAAACUUGAUUAACACCUACAAGAAUAUCAAAAACAUUGAUGAACCAUUUUUCAAUAUAAUCUUGGCUAAGUGCACUAUCUGGCACGACAGGGAAAUUCUAGAAUAUAUUGAUAAGAGUUACGAGUUAUUCAAUAUCCCAAAGACCAUCGUCGCUUACAGAAUCCUGUUGAAAUCUAUGGGAUCUGUUGAUGACACCUCGAAUGAUGAAAUUCUACAAAGAUGGAUUGAUUUAAUCCAGAAAUCUGAUGAGAUUGGUCAGAAAUUUAUCGCCAAUGCUGAUUGGGCUGCCUUGAGAGACGCUACUGUCACUUGGACUCAAUCUCAUAGAGAUAAUGGUGUUCCUCUAACUCAAAACUCAAUUAACGAAUCGAAGGCAAGCUCCGUGGCACCUACUCGUUCUGGUACACCAACUCCAAAGAAUAAUAUGGAGUCGGUUAACGUUGGUGACGUAGACUUCUACUCCCACCCAGCUUUCCAAGCAUUGAAUGCUUCUGGUGCCUUUGACGAGUUUACAAACUACAAUGCCUCUACUCAAUCUGCAACUGUAGUGUCCAGUCCAGGUACAGUCCAUGAAGAACCUUUAUUAAAGUCUAUUUCUCAUGAGAAGGAAAGUGCUGCUGUUGACAGCAGAAUGAUCCUUUACCUUAAGAUUGUUAAACGUUACUCUCCAUAUUGUCGUGACUCUAGACAAUUGGCAAGACUAACCACUGGUACUGCUGUAAAGUAUUCAGUUCUACAGGAGGUAUUAAACCAAUUUCAAUCUUUGAACGUCGGCAGUAUUACCGUUCCAAAGUUGGUAAAUCUAAAACCAUCAUGUGCCUGA